GUUCUUCAUCUUGACAAAAGGCUUUUAGCCUUUGUUCAGUUCUUAAUGGUUAUGGAGGAUAGUUCCUGUUAUUUGGCAGUUUGGAUCAUUAAUUAUAUCAAAAUCUACACUGUAAUGACACAGAGUCUCCACAAGUUCUCCAUCUCAUGGAGUAUCGCUGUAGGCAUCUCAUAGUCAUGGCCAGGGUGGUGUCAAGAUAUGCAGUGGUUGGAAAUUGGGCAACAAACCCUCCUUUGCUCCUCACCGCCUUCCUGGCACAUUCCCACCUUCCCCAUGUAGCUUCUCAUUGAUGGGUGCACCUUUCCUCUAUAGCCAUUAGGUGGCAGUCGUGUACAGAUGAGAAGCCUCUACUUUGCUUUAAACAAGUCUCAGAUGUUUCUGUAGAAUGGCCACAAGCUAUUUAUUACAUGCUGUAUUUCGUGUGCGCUAGGUGUGAUGGUUACUGCUCUGUGGUAUCCAUACACUAUUUAAUUGUUCUUUGGGAAAUUGGAUGUCUGUUCCUGUCUCUAUGCCAGGAAAAACAUAUCUCUUUGCCUUGGUCUUGGCAUUUUGGGGUUGUUUAACUCCUAGGACCUGCCUUAAUUGCUGUGGGAGACAUUUCUGACUGGAAACCGUUGCUAGUAGCUCUCCUUCAGGACCAGGUCCCCAACAGAUAGAACUGGGUUUGGAAGAAGUGAAAGGCAUGGCAGAGCCUGGGGUUAGGGAACAGAGUGACUUCCAGGCUCUGUGGGAGGAGAGCUGCAAUCCCCUUUGUUCCCUGUGUGGUUUAAGGGGCUCCUUUGUGCUAUCCAUUUCUUUUUCAUAGGCAAACACUUUUUUGUUGGCGGCUCAUGAGGCUUCUAAUCAGGACUUAUCUUUACCACACCAUAACCCGUUAUAGACCAGAAAACUACUUUGCUGCCCCUUAGUCCCUGGUCCCGUAAACAGCCCUUCUUUUUUCAUUAGACACUAUAGGAAGACUACAGACACUGCAGAAGGGUGUUGCAGAGCACACAAAUGAAUUCACUUUGGAUGACAUGCAGCCUCCCCCACUCCCUCCCCUCUAAAUGCAUGUAGUCUUUUGAUUGUCCUUUAGAACCUGACUGCAUACCUGACUCACCUGAAGCAUUUGCUGACGUUAGGAUGAACCUCCCUAAGUUGCUUUAAUCUGCUGGAUACUGGCUGUGUCUGCUUUCUAUUCCUGGUUCAGCCACUCCCUUGCUGGUGACCCUGUCAGACUGCUUGGUGUGUUAUACCUUCAUUUCUCUCUCACAGUGAGGUUUGCAUAUUUAUCAGCCCUGCUCAUGAAGAAAGGAGGCCUUACUGUGCAGAGAAGAAAGAGCUGAAGGUGCAUUGUGCUAAGGGAGAGGAGGUGUCAGGAAAUAGAGGACCCAAAGGCUGGGAAUAAGAAAGGAAGAGGAAAAAGGAGUGGAAAUCUAGGUAGUACAGGAAACAGCAGAUAACCACUGUCUGCACCAUCCAGUGCAAGUUGGUGUUACAGUUCUUUUAAUUUCCUAAAAGCUGUUUCUUUCAGUUGUUCUUGUCUCUGGGUAUGAAUGACAAACAUGAACUGUUGUUAUCCUAAAGGAGCCUGUCUGGGUCUGCGGAAGCUGGCUUCUGGCUGGUGCUCUCCCAGACACUUCCCUAACCGUUUCCCUUCCUUCAAACUCUGUUUCCUCUUCUGUAACAGAGGAGGUAUUUGCAAGCUGCCAUGAAGCUCAGUAAGGCUCUGUUCUGUGGUUUUUGAGACAUGACCCUUCUUAUGGAACGCAUGCUCUUCCAGCAUUGUGGAAAUAGGGGAUUUGAUGUUCAUGAUGAAGGUUCCUAGUUCCCUUUGCUAAUGAGGAUGAGUCAUCAUAAGCCCCUAUGUGGUCCAGAAAACUAAAAUGUAGGAAGGCAGUUCCUCUGUACAGCCUCUGUACAGCCUGCUGAAGACCUUCCCAGAGCAAGAGAAGCCUUUGUGGUGGUACACGCCUUUAGUCCCAGCAGUGGGAGAGAGAGGCAUGCAGAUCUCUGCACCUAAAGCCAGCCUCAUGUACAUGAAAAACUACAAAAUGCCUGGCUAGAGCAAGUGGUACUGUAAUAUCUGCUACUGCCUAAAUUCCAGCUACAUUAGUCUUUGUCCUGAUGCAUAAUUACUUCUUUUUGUAGCUUCUACUUGGUGAUUUGAUUUGGAAUAAUUAAUUACGUAAUUUUAAGUUACUAUCAUCUAUAUUUGUUUGAAAUCUAGCUCCUCCCACUGUUGGUGUAUUCUUUUACUUUUUCAUUGGGUUCUUAUGUCUAUCAUACUUCCAACCCUUUUUCCACCCUAAUCCUUCUCAACCCCCAACACAAGGUAGGAGAGAAAGAAGGUUAGAGGAAAAGAGGGGCUUAGACCUCUUUAAACUACUUCCUGCUGAUUAGGAUUGUCGGGUUCCUUGAGGCAAGUCUAAUCUUCAUCAUCAGAAUAUCCAGCAAUAGCAAGCCAGCAAUCCAGCAAGCCCCGAAGCAGGUGGAGCAGCAGCCACCACAGGCUUUCUCAGGGCUCUCUCAUUUAUAUCCUCUCCAGCGACCCCCAGAAUUAAACGGUCUGCAGCUGGUAAAGAUCAUGCCCCUCCCAGAGCAUGAGAUAAUUAUAGCUAAUGGCUAUGGACAAACUGAAGCAGCCCCAUAUCCCACACCUGGGAUUAAAACAAAAACAUAUUCAUAUAACAUAAUUAUGUUUUUAAAGAAACGAAAACUCACUACAUUCCACAGUGAGACCCGAGUUGUAAGGGAUAUUGGUUUUGUACUUAAUGUAUUCUUGACUGAAUCAUGUAAAUGAAUUUUGAUGUAUCCUAGAUAAACCUGUUUUUUAAUUUAACAAACAUAUUUACUAAGGCAACAUUUCUUUAGGGUUAGGACUAUCUAUACCUCAUUGAUCUUAUACCUGUUAUAGUCCAUUUCCUCUCCAGGUGCCAGACUAGUGGGUGCAGUUGGCAUUUGUCACUCUGGGAGUCACAGCCUCCUCUCAGUGACCACAGUGAUGAUCUGGAAAAGCUGAUAACAGUGAUUGAUAGCCAAAGAGUGACAGAUUGAUUGCUGUCCUCGGUGCAGCAUUCCUCUGUAAAAACCUACACCCAGCCUCGAAUGGACUUCCUUAUGUCUGCGGCUCCUGGAAGCCUUUCUUCCUGGUUCUCCAGAUACAGUUGUAGCUGAGCUAGAACAGCCACAGCUAGGUAGAUAACACAUGUUUUCUGCCCUGUUUGUCAUUUGUCAAAGAUCUAAGUUUGUCAUCAGUCUUUGUUGUGAUUUUUACCAUAGAUCAGAACUAAAGCUAACAUCCACUCAAAAAUGAGUUUUACUAGGUGUAUUUUGUCCAAGAGUGGCCAUAAGUUCAUAACACAUAUAUACGAUUCAGUCAGGACUAUUAGCUGACUUCUAAUUUCAAAAUCCUAGCUGUCUUGCCAUUGUACCCACUUACAGGUGUCUUCCUUACGGACUCUGACUCUCAUUUCUUUUCUGUGUUCUUGUUUUUCAGAUUAAAUCCAGAGCAGGUUCUGUACAGCCCUGGUUUCUACGUUUAAAUGAACUUUGCUAGAGGAUAGACAUUUCUGACCCAAGAAUCCAUCACUAGAAGCCUAGAAACCCUAGCACUUCCAUUGAACAUUACUGGCUUCCCUUUGAGUCUGAGAUUUGUUCUGAAUCUCAAUGUGUUUAUUUCUUCACAUACUAAUUGUGAACUGUGGCCCUGAGUUCUCUCUUUUCUUUGAACUUUUGCAUUCAGUGAAAUUGCUAUAAAAAUUUAUGUUUCUUUCAGGGUUGCUCCUCUUUUUAGGGGCUGGGUUAAAGGGAGCUGGCCAUUGGUUUGAGGGUUCUUGUUUGUUUUUGAGUUGGUGUUUCUUUCACUAUGUGGCACACCCUGGUUUCGACUGCCCAGUCCUCUUGCCUCUGCUUACGGGGUGCUUGGAUUACAGCAUGUGUUGUUAUGCUUGGUUUCUGAUGCUCAUUCUGAGCCGUCUUAAGCUGACUUCCACAGUGAAUGUGCUUAGCACUAGGAAAUGGAUUGUACUGGCGGCAGCUGAGGAUAGAUCACUGCCUCCCAAGGAGCUGUGCACCUCUCAGCCCUGCAACCACAAGUUGUCUCUGCUGCCUCUCUGUUUUUUUAUUUCCUAUGCUACUGUUUGUGAUAAGCAUCACUCUGUUCUUAUGUAGAUUCUCCUUGGUUUUGUUUGUUUGUUUGGGUUGGUUGCUUUUUGACUAGGGAUUCUUUUGAGUCUGGGGUGCUAGUGUUGGCUUCGGGUGGGAGGAGAGCAACUCUGGAAACCUUCCCAUCCCUCAAGAACAGGUUGUGCCAACUGUACCAUCCAUUCCGGUACCUCUGCCGCUGAAACUGGUUCUGGCACCUGGUUUUGCAUCAAAUUGAAGGGUGUUUUGUUUUUUCAAUUUUGUAGAGUCACUGAGCAGUGUUAUAUUUGAAUGCACCAGUGCUAAUCAGUGAACCAGAACUUUCUGGGUCAUGACAUUACUUUGUCAAGCCAGUUUUCUGCAGAAAACCAAGACCAUUGAGCUGGUGACUGUGGAGCUUGGCUUCCAGCUAGAAACCCAGAUUCCUGUAUGUGACCUGACCUCCCUUCCCCAGUUUCGUAGGCUUCACACGGAGAGUUAAGCUUUCAGAUGCACUUUCCUUGAAGGUGAUGGAUGGCAGUGGAUAUGGCUGACUGCUCACAGGGGAAGGAUCUGUCCUCUCGGAGUGAAACCGACCUGGACUGCAUUUUUGGAAAAAGGAGGAACAAGAAGCUUGCUCAGGAUGGCUGCAGCAACUCCUCUGCGGAUGAGGUGAACACCUCCCUGACCACAACCACGACCACCACUAGUGCCUUCACCAUCCAGGAAUAUUUUGCCAAGAGAAUGGCCCAAUUAAAGAACAAGCCACAAGCCUCAGCUCCAGGGUCUGACCUUUCAGAGACCCCUGUUGAAAGGAAAAAGGGAAAGAAAAAAAACAAAGAGGCAGCAGACACAGAUGUAGAGAACUCUCCCCAACACAAGGCCAAGAGGCAUAAAAAGAAAAAGCGUGUGGAAGCAGAGAGGGGCCCUGUGGCCAAGAAGAGAGACCGAGCAGAGCUGCAGCCUGGAGGCCCCAGUGAGGACGAGUGUUCCGAUGCCUCUGUCGAAGCUGCAGAAGAUUGUGUACAAACACCAGACAUCCAGGAUGAUGUCCCAAAGCCCAAGAAGAGGAAAGCAAAGAAAAAGCUGCAAAGGCCAGAAGGAGUAGAAAUAGACGCCACACUAGACAGAGCACCGGUGAAAAAGAAGAAGAAGAAAGUUUCCAGAUAACUUGUGGCCUCCAACCACUCAACUGUCAGCACACUGCAGGGCCUGAAGUGAGAGCACGGCGAAGCCCAGGUGGCUCAGCAUCUUUUAACAUGCCCACAGGUUGCUGCUUCUACGCACCACAUUUCCACAUUUCCCCCAGGUCACCUUCCUAGGAGAACUGAUUUGAAUGUUCCAGAUCAUGUCUUUCAAUAAAUAAAAUAACUUUUAAUAAACAAAUAGAUUCUUUUUUAAGUGCUGA